CAGUCAUUCAAGGCCGACCGUCAGCAAGAGCAGGAUAUUACCAGUCUCCUCCACGAUGUCUCAAACUAAAGCUCAGGAUAUGGGCUCUGCCUUCAUCCAGACGCAGCAGCUCAAUGCUGCCAUGGCCGACACUUUCCUGGAGCACAUGUGUCUGCUGGACAUCGACUCCGAGCCCACCAUAGCUCGCAACACUGGAAUCAUCUGCACCAUCGGACCGGCCUCCCGCUCAGUGGACACACUGAAGGAGAUGAUCAAGUCUGGCAUGAACAUCGCUCGCAUGAACUUCUCUCACGGCUCACACGAGUAUCAUGGAGAAACUAUUAAAAAUGUACGUGAGGCUUGUGCCAGCUUUGAGCCGGGCAGCAUCCAGUACAGGCCAGUGGGCAUCGCCCUCGACACCAAAGGACCAGAAAUCCGAACUGGGCUCAUUAAAGGGAGUGGCACAGCUGAGGUGGAGCUGAAGAAGGGAAAUAAGAUCAAGGUGACCUUAGAUGACUCCUUCAUGGAGAACUGUGAUGAAGAUACCCUCUGGCUGGACUACAAGAACAUCACCAAGGUGGUGGAGGUGGGCAGUAAAGUCUACAUCGAUGACGGACUCAUCUCUCUCCAGGUGCUGCAGAUCGGGUCUGACUAUCUGAUCUGUGAGAUUGAGAAUGGAGGAUCUCUGGGCAGUAAGAAGGGUGUGAAUCUGCCGGGAGCCGCAGUGGAUCUGCCUGCAGUCUCAGAGAAGGACAUCAAGGAUCUGCAGUUCGGUGUGGAGAUGGGAGUCGACAUGAUCUUCGCCUCCUUCAUCCGCAAGGCCGCUGAUGUGCAGGCAGUCCGAAAAGUGCUGGGAGAAAAGGGCAAAAACAUCAAGAUCAUCAGCAAGCUGGAGAACCAUGAGGGAGUGCGCAGGUUUGAUGAGAUUAUGGAGGCCAGCGACGGCAUCAUGGUGGCUCGUGGUGAUCUAGGAAUUGAAAUCCCCACGGAAAAGGUGUUUCUGGCUCAGAAGAUGAUGAUUGGUCGUUGCAACAAGGCAGGAAAGCCAAUCAUCUGUGCCACACAGAUGUUGGAGAGCAUGAUCAAGAAGCCUCGUCCUACACGUGCGGAGGGCAGUGAUGUGGCCAAUGCAGUUCUGGACGGAGCCGACUGCAUUAUGCUGAGCGGAGAGACCGCUAAAGGAGAUUAUCCUCUGGAGGCCGUCCGCACACAGCACAUGAUUGCCCGUGAGGCAGAGGCCGCCACCUUCCACCGGCAGCUGUUUGAGGGUCUGAGACGCUCCUCUGUUCUGACCCGUGACCCUUCAGAUGCAGUCGCUGUGGGAGCCGUCGAGGCUUCCUUCAAAUGCUGCGCCAGCGGCAUCAUCAUACUCACCAAAACCGGCAGGUCUGCGCAUCUGAUCUCUCGGUAUCGUCCUCGCGCUCCAAUCCUAGCGGUGACUCGUAAUGAACAGACGGCUCGACAGGCUCAUCUUUACCGUGGUAUUUUCCCCAUAUACUACAACAGCCCAUCUAAUGAUGUGUGGGCCGAGGACGUGGACCUGAGGGUCAACUUCGCCAUGGAUGUCGGUAAAGCUCGUGGAUUCUUCAAGGCUGGUGAUGUGGUGAUCGUUCUGACUGGCUGGCGUCCCGGCUCUGGAUACACCAACACCAUGCGUGUCGUCCCAGUGCCGUAAAACCGUUAAAACCCCUCUGCUGUUCAUACAUCACUCCUCCAUACAUCACACAAACCCCACUCCAGCAGAAAACACAAGGCCAGUGGACCACCCUGUUAUCUUCUUCCCCUGAUUGGUCAGUGGAUCAUCAUCCUCUCUCCUGAUUGGUUGGUGUCCCAUCAUCCUCAUAUUUGAUUGGUUGUUCUCACUUGUUUUGUUUUUUUAUUCAUCUAUAAUCUCCUGUUUAUCUCACACACACAUGAAACCCGAGCUGUCUGUCUGGUUUGUGUCUUGUCUGUCCGCAUGGUGAAGCGCAGGGAUGGGUGGCGAAUGCUCAAUCAGCUGUAACCUGUAACGGUUAUAUUAGUAGUGUUUCUCUGUCUGUGUGCUUUUAUUUGUGUUCACACUCCUGACGAUGUUACAUUGUGUGUUUGCACUCGACCCCGAGAUCGUUAUAUAUUCAUAUAUUUUCUGAAAUGUUUGGAUGUCUCGCGUCCGCCUCAUUUCAGCUGUGGAGUAAAGGAGGGGUGAAUAUUAAUCAUUCCCAGCAUCCUCUGCUGUAUAACCCCGUCUCCGCUGCUCACGUGAGUGUGUGUUUGUGUGUGUGUUUGAUGAAUGAAUGAGAGUGUGUGUUUAGAUCUACCUGCUUUGUGUCGCUAGAGUGCAAGAUGUACUAACUAUAAGAGUAAUCUAUAGUCUCAUUCUGAAGUGUUGUAUUACUGGAGACUGAAUUAAUAAAGGAGACGAGCACUUG